AGGGAUUUCAGCGCGGGCACCAGUCGGCGUUUGACUUGAUCCUCCUUAUGUUCCUCUCCUAGCGUCAAGGGGACACCCGAAACGACGAAAGCUCGUACGCCGAUUGUUUUGAACUGCAAAUUUCUAUUGUUGAUAGGCACCAUGACUGACAGGAAGGCUGUGAUCAAGAACGCUGACAUGUCUGAAGACAUGCAGCAGGAUGCAGUGGACUGUGCCACACAGGCCAUGGAGAAAUACAACAUAGAGAAGGACAUUGCCGCAUACAUCAAAAAGGAGUUCGAUAAGAAAUACAAUCCUACGUGGCACUGCAUUGUGGGAAGGAACUUCGGCAGCUACGUGACCCAUGAGACAAAACACUUCAUCUACUUCUACUUGGGCCAGGUGGCCAUUCUCCUCUUCAAGUCUGGCUGA